AUGGAACCGCCACGCUUUCGGGAAUUUCACUACGAGCGAUUGGCUGGCGGCGGCGCGCGGACCAUCGGCGCCGGCGGCCUGGCCCGGAUGAAUCGCCUGCCGUGCGGCUGCGGCCGGGGGUCUCGCCUGGAGGACAUGCCCGAGGAUGUCUUCCACUCUUUGGUCAUCACAAGUGACUCCUCCGAGCGCAUCCGGCUCGUGUCUUUCGGCGACUCCCGGGCCUUCGAGGGCCCGGGCGCGGCGGGCUACUCCCCGCCGCCGGACCCGGCCAACGAGUCGCUGUGCCGAUCGCGCGGCCUGGGGGUCCUUUCCAUUGGCGACUAUGCCCUGCUGAUCGCGGCCCUGUGUCCAGCCAUCGAAGCGCUCCAGCCCGGGCCGCCGCCAGGAGCCCUUCCCGUGCCGGGUACCACGUACGCCACCUCGGCCAUGUCCGAGGAGGAGCCCCUCCUCCUGUCGGACGGCCCGCUGGGGACCCUGCCGGCCGAGCUGCCACCCGGAUGCUAUCUGAGUGCCUGGCUGCUGACCGGCAUCGACAUGCACCCUGCUUCGGAGGAAGCGGCAACCACCUCCGGGGAUGUUGCCGUCAUUGCCUGUCGGACGUGGGUCCUUGCCGGCCAGCCCGGCGCCUUGGCCCUGCUGGACGAGCACCUGCUGGUGCGCCCGGCCCCGGAGGGCCAAGCACUGGAGAUGGCUCUGCCACUGGCAGGGGUGCCCAUGCCGCGCCCGGGGAACGCCCCCCUCCCGGCCGACCGCGGGUGGGAUUGCGUGGACCACUUUUUCUCCAGCAUCCUGCCACUUGGCUUGGGCGGCAGCCGCCAGCCCUUCGAUCCGGCCCUCCCGGCGCCCCCUCAGCCGCCGCUGUCCAUGCUCCACAUCCCGGCCCUUCGCGGGGACCCUUUGCUGGUGACCGGAGACCCGGAGCAGCGUGCGCUUCGCCUGCUGGCCACCCUGCUCCUGGCCCCCGGACCAUCGGCGGUGGUCGAGUCCAUCGCCAACUGGGCCUCCUGUGGCAAUGCCAUUCAUCCCUUCGCGGUGGCCCGCCUGUGCCUGGAUUCCGGGGGUGUUCUCUUCUGUGUAACCUCGGUCGAGGGCCAUGUGCUCCUGGUCCAGGCCCUGCCGCCGGCGGCCGGGCUUGCCACCGGGCCACUCCCCUGGACCGAUGAUCUGGUCCACCUGGACGGGGCCGUCUCCCUGUGCCGCUUUGUCCAAGACACGCCGGUCGGCUAUCACAACCACCUGCUCAGUCAGUCCCCCCUGUCUGAGCGCACCGCUCGCGGGCCGCCAUCCGGCCCGCUGGCCGCUCACCUGGUGAUCGGGUCCACGGUCGAGGGGCUGCUGGUGUAUCGCGAUGUGGAACGAGCGGGUCUCUCCUGCCCUGUGGUCCUGGAUGACGGCCGCCUGGGCGAUGGCCAGCGAUCGCCCAGCGGGGCAUUUUCCCUGGGCGGCGACUCGGGCAGCCUGCACGCCCGACAGCCUCCCAUUGCCGCGUCCGUCCCUCUGUGUCACCUUUAUCUGCCGGCCGUCGAGGUCGAUGAGGGCGGGCUUCAGGGUCGGACCGCCAGUCCGCUGCUUUGCCUUGGCCUGCUGCGUGAAUUCCCGGCCCCCGGCUCGGCGCCUCUCCUGGGGGUCCUCCUUGUUGGGACAUACUGCGGCCGGAUCCUUGUCUUUCGGCAUACCCUGUCGCAAGGGGACUCGGGUAUGGCCUUUUCCCACUCGGUGGAUCUCGGCUGGCCACUGUAUGGCAUCUCCACUCCGCUGCUUGUCCGGACACUCGGCCGUCCGGCCCGCCAGCUGCCUUCGCUGUAUAUUCUCUCACUCAAUGGGGUGAGCUGCUUCAAGCUGUCGGAGAAGAGCUCCCAGUCGAAGGAGGAGCGCUUCCGGCAAGCGCGAUACGCCGGGGAACUCCUUCGCCGCAUUCGAGCGCUACACCGCCAGCUGAAGUCAACUUCGGAACUGGUGGCCGAGCCACAGACACCCUGA